CUGGAGAAAUAUGUGGCCAAAAACCUCUAAAAUAAUGGUGGCUCCAAUAAUUCCUAAGUUAUUGUUUAACUUUUAUAGAAAAAAUUAAGCAGACCCACAUCACUCUACAAUGGCUUCUCUUAUUACUCCAUCUGCUCCCAUCUCUGUACAACACAAGGUGAAUCAUUUCAGUGCCAGACCCGUAUAUAUAAGCUCAGUAUCCCAGUUUAAUCCGACUCUUGGCGGUGAUAGAUCUCGUAGUCUGUCUCUCAAGACAAAAGUUAGGGUUUCUGCCGAGGCAAAUGUAGUUGAGAAUGAAUCAGUCAGUGGCAGUGAUAAAAUAGAUUACGGUGUUGUUAGUGUUCAUCAUGUUGGAGUUCUUUGCGAAAACCUUGAAAGGUCACUUGAAUUUUAUCAGGGAAUUUUGGGCCUUGAAAUAAAUGAAGCAAGGCCACAUGAUAAGCUUCCAUAUAGGGGUGCUUGGUUGUGGGUGGGUUCUGAAAUGAUCCAUUUGAUGGAGCUUUCAAAUCCUGACCCGUUAACUGGACGACCUGAACAUGGUGGCCGAGACCGACACACUUGCAUUGCUAUUCGCGACGUGUCUAAGUUGAAAGUAAUCCUUGAUAAAGCUGGUAUUCCCUACACACUUAGCAAGUCUGGGAGGCCUGCAAUCUUUACACGAGAUCCAGACGCAAAUGCUUUAGAAUUCACUCAAAUUUGACUAUCUAUAAGGUAUAGAGAAACUGUAUAUUAAUGACCUAUGCUUUUCUUUUUAUCUCCAGACACCAAAUGAAUAUGUAUAGAUUACUAGUAGUAGGUAGAUCUAUGUUCACACCAACUAAAUAUAUGCGUAUACAUGAUCACUAGUUAUUACUAAUAUAUUAUGUGCUAAAUUUGGUUGAUUCAA